AUGGUGGUGACACCUCGAACAGACCGCCCAGUCGCAAUAAUCGGCGGCGGCGUCCUAGGCCGACGCAUCGGAUGCGUCUUCGCAGCAGCAGGAUACCACGUCCACGUCCGGGAUAUCUCACCGAUGGCCCUUCAAGACGCAGCGUCCUACAUAGACUCACACAAAGUUGAAUUCUCCCUCAUGCCACGGAUCCACCGCGCAAAGGAAGAUAUCCACGACUCCGAAGGCCAAGUCAAAGGAACGAAACUCGAGACUUCUAUCACGCAGGUCGAUCUCGAGUCAUCGACAAACGCGCCAUUCGGACAUGUCAAGACGUUCGAAGAACUCGAGCCGGCUGUCUUGAACGCGUGGUUGGUUGUCGAGGCUGUGCCUGAGUUACUAGAUUUGAAGAUUGACACGAUAGGUGAGAUUGACCGGAUUGCUCCGGAGGAUUGUUUGAUUGGAUCGAAUAGUUCGUCGUUCAGGUCUAGUUUGAUGCUUGCGAAGGUCCGUAGCGAGCGGAAGAGGAUUACCUUCAAUCUUCAUUGUGCUAUGCCGCCGGCUAUUCGCACUGUUGAGUUGAUGACUUGUGGUGAGACGGAUCCGGCGGUUUUGGAGUAUAUGCAGGAUGUCAUGGGGGAGUGUGGACUGUUGCCUGUCACUGCGAGGCGUGAGUCGAUGGGGUUUAUCUUUAAUCGUCUCUGGGCAGCGAUUAAGCGAGAAAUCAUGCAUAUCCUAUCGGAAGGGGUCAGCGAUCCAGGCGAAAUCGACCUACUCUGGGAACACAUGUUCAAAAACGGACCUCUCCCCUGCCAACUAAUGGAUCAAGUGGGACUAGACACGAUCGCCUACAUCGAAGACAACUAUAUCAAAGAGAAAGGCCUCGACGGCACCGCAACAGUCGACUGGCUACGCAGGGAGUACAUAGACCAAGGGCGCAUCGGAAAGAAAUGCGACAUAGGCGGGUUAUACCCAGGUCUCUCGAAAUCUUCCUCAUACCAAGCCAACCCAGCCAACCCACACAGCGCCGCAAAGGACAUCUACAUCCUCGACGCUGGACUAGGCGGCAACGCCAAAGAUGUAACGCAAGUCCACUCGAACGGCAAAAUCCUACGCUUGAACCUAGCGACGCAGAAAUUAACACCGGUAAUGGUCGGCCAGAACUUACCGGACGGAAUCGACUUCUCGCUCGCGACACAGCGCAUAUUUUGGACGAACAUGGGGCGUAGCACGGCGGCCUGUGAUGGCUCGGUCUGGUCAGCGGAUAUGGAUGGCAGCGAGGUAAAAUGUCUCGUCCCAAUUGGGAAGGUUCAUACUCCCAAGCAGAUCGCUGCGCUUGAAUCCCAGAAUCAGGUUUAUUUCGGCGAUCGCGAGGGAAUGAGUGUUCAUCGCUGUGGUUAUGAUGGCAGUGACCAUAAGAUUCUGAUCCAGCGUCGCGUCCCGCCCGAUGCGUCGUUAUUGGAGCAUAUGAGAAACUGGUGUGUUGGGGUUGCGAUUGAUACCGAGCGCAGUCUGAUUUACUGGACACAGAAGGGCCCGCCUAAGUCUGGUCGGGGUCAGAUCUUUUGCGCUGGGCUUGAUAUUCCGUUUGGGGAGAGUGCAGAACACCGGAGUGAUAUUCGGCGGUUGUUUGAUCGGUUGCCUGAGCCUAUUGAUAUUGAAAUUGACAGCCAAACACAGACUUUGUAUUGGACGGAUCGGGGCGAGCAUCCACUGGGGUGUACCCUAAACCGGGCUUAUGUUGGUGGCGAGGAGGUGGAUAUGGAGAAGGUCAUUCUGGCGCGCCAUUUCCAUGAACCUAUUGGGUUGAAGUUGGACAAGGUGAAUGAUCUUGUUUAUGUGGCUGAUAUGGGUGGGAGUCUGUACUCAGUGUCGUUGGCCGAUGGUGUCAAGACCGAGCUGAUCCGGAACGAUAGCUGCUAUACGGGCUUGACGCUUGUUUGA